CCCCGUCCCCGGAAACAAGAACGCUGGAAAUAUCCAGGCGGGUGCAUAGCAGUUGCAGACAGCCUCAAGAAUUGCCCGACCAUGGCCGCCGCCGCAGCCGCGCUCCUCCUCCAGCCGCGGGUCGUGUCGCUACCACCUAACCCCAGACUCGCCCCCACCUUCAACAAACCAGCGCCUACCUUCGCCCCCAUCGGCCGCCGCCGCGCCGGCGCGAGGCUCAGGGCCGUCGGUGACGGCCCCGGCGCCGGGCUCGCCGACCAGACCACCGUCUACAACGGCGUCUACGGGCCCUGGACCGUCGAGGACUCCGACGUCCGCGAGGUCCUUUUGUACCGGUCCGGGCUGGUCACCGCCGCGGCGUCCUUCGUGGCCGCUGCCUCCGCCGCGUUCCUCCCUGAGGGGAACGCUGCCGGCGACGCCAUCAGGCAGAGCAUCGACCUUCUCUACGCCGCCGGCGCCGCGGGGCUGGGGCUGUCGCUGGUGCUGAUCCACAUCUACGUCACCCCAAUCAAGCGCUUCCUCCAGGCGCUGUGGGCGGUCGGGGUCCUGGGGUCCGUCGGGACCUACCUCGUCGCCGCGCAGCCGCUGGACGAGGGCCUGGUGCAGUACGUGCUGGAGCAUCCGGCCGCACUCUGGUUCGUUGGCCCGACCUUUGCUGCGCUGACAGGUCUCGUCUUCAAGGAAGGUCUCUGCUAUGGGAAAUUGGAAGCUGGCAUAUUAACCUUUGUUAUCCCUGGGCUUCUUCUCGGACAUCUGUCUGGUUUGAUGGAUAACAGCACAAAGUCAGGCCUUUUAGGAGUGUGGAUGGUUCUUUUCACCAUUUUCGCCGCAAGGAAGUUCCAACAGCCCAUCAAGGAUGACAUUGGGGACAAAUCUGUUUUCAUGUUCAACGCCCUCCCUGAAGAGGAAAAGAAUGCUCUGAUCCAGAAGCUCGAGAGGCAAAACGAACAGAAGUUUGAGUAGAGAUUGUAGGCAGGUGGCGUAGCCAAUAGUUUGUCCAUGGAAGUUUGUAGCAGAUGUAUAUGAUAGUUCCGAAUAUCACGACAUGCGUCAAUGCAUAGAUGAAGAUGAGAAUAUUGUAACCGAGAUGUAGAUGGAAAUCUCUUAGGUUACAAGUCAGACAACAAGCAUACGUUGUGGAUGGCCUAUGGACUCAAGGCUAUGCAGCAUUGUCUGUACGUUUUUUGUUUGCAACAUCACUGUAUAUAUUUUUCAGUUUGUUUUGUUGUUCUCCCAUGCAUUCUUGGGUAAACACGACAUUCAUCUGUAUGAAUAAGAUGCAUGGAGGUGGAGAAAAGUUA